GAAUACAUAGCAUAAAUAAGCGUGUGUGUAUUUUGAAAAAAAAAAUGCUAAUGCAUUGCAUGACCAGAGCAGUUUGAUAAACAUUAUUAUUUUAAGCUCAUACAGAGGCGCUCAUAGCGCUCAACCAAUUGAGAGGUUAAGUACAAGGUUACAUAUUUAAUCGGUAGAUCCUCAGGAAUGCAACUGAAAUGAGGCAAUAUCAUCUAUUGUGUUCCUCCUCACUCUGUGCUCCAGUUACACUUGUCUCGAAUCCUAAGCUAGGACUGUCCUGCCCCGAAUUAAAAUUGUUGGUUAGUGUAGUCGACCUCUCUGCUGUCUAUGCCGUAUAAGUCUCUCUUUAUUUUAUUCAUUUCUUGUGUUUUUGCAGACUGCAAUAACCCACACUGUCCGAUUGUUAGGCUGGCUGAAAUUUGUGUUGGAAGUAGGACAAAAUUCGUUGACUCCAUCCAGAAAUUCCAGACCAAGUACUGCGCUCGUCAGAGUGAGCUGCAGGGCAGGCACCUCCUCUUCUUUCCAUUUAAUAAUAUCCUGCUCUCUCCUUCUGCCCCCUCCCUCCUUCCUUAUUUAUUAUAUCCUGAACAGUCUGCAGUCCAGCCCCUGGUCUCAGUAAGCAGCAGCUUGGAUUCAACGCGGCAGAGCUACAUGGCCCAGCAGCAGUCCCUUUAGGUUGGCGUUUGCCUUUUUACCUGUGGAUUCUCAUCUGCCGUCCCGAUGGGACUUUUUUAGAGAUCAGAGUCUGAAUGGACCUGAAUGAAUCCAAGUGGUCUGUUGUCAAACAUUUAUCGUCAAACAGCCCUGACUCUUCUGUGGUGGAGCAGACGUACCUCAAAUUUACUGCCUGUGACCCUGUGGAAAGGACAAGAUCGCAAUCACGGCAAGAUCUGAGCUCUGUAUCUCCUAAUCUUGACAGUGAAGGAAACCAUUCUCAGGAGGGCAGGCCAUUCGACUCCUACAUCCAUUUUGGACCUCAUCCACCCAUUCCUUGCAACGCCGAAGACAUUCCAUUGUUUGCGGAUUUAGAUCAGGCAAGCAAAUUGAUCGUGUCUCUUAGAGAUUGUAAGUCAUCGGUGAUCCCUGAUCACACUUCGGAAAUGUACCAAAGUUUAGCUGUGGCUGCGAGCCAAGGGACAGCUGCCUACGACCAGUCUGUCAGCAGCUUCUUGCACUCCACUUCAAGUUCUCCACUGUAUGUCCCUACCACCAGGGCUGGUGGCAUGAUUUCCAGUAUCCCAUAUCUUACAAGCAAUGCAGCAUCUCAGCCAAACCAUGCGGUCAGUAGCCACUCGGUGUGGCCCCAGCCUACGACAGAGAACCCUUCCUACAAUGGAGGGAGCCCUCAUGGCGCUAACAGGUUUGCUUAUUCACCCAGCCCCCCAGUCAGCAAUGGUGUGUCUAGAGAUGGAGGAUACAACAGUACUUUAAAUGCCACUGGAAGAGACCAGUAUACUUCCCUUGCCAGACCCAUUAAUGGAUCUUACCCCAGUCCAUAUUCACCGUAUGUUGGACCGCAGCUGGCAUCAGCCUGGUCACCGGGGCCUUUUGAUAACCCCAUGUUGCACAGUUUGCAAAGCAGGCCACCUAUAUCUGUACGGGGUCCCAGCGGAGAACUUUUGGAUGACAUGUCAGAAAGCAGGGAAUGUGUUAACUGUGGCUCCAUCCAAACACCCUUGUGGAGGCGAGAUGGUACUGGGCACUAUCUCUGCAAUGCAUGUGGACUGUACAGCAAAAUGAAUGGCCUAAGUAGACCCUUGAUAAAGCAGCAGAAACGUGUGCCUUCUUCCAGGCGGAUUGGUUUGUCUUGUGCUAACUGUCAUACAACAACUACAACCUUAUGGCGCAGAAAUGCUGAAGGGGAGCCCGUGUGCAAUGCCUGCGGACUAUACAUGAAGCUACAUGGGGUACCACGGCCACUUGCAAUGAAAAAGGAAGGAAUACAGACAAGAAAACGAAAGCCAAAGAAUCUGGCAAAGUCAAAGGGCUGCACUGGCAGCAGUAAUCCAAUUCCCAUGACUCCAAAUUCCACCUCUUCUAACAAUUCUGAUGACUGUGGAAAGAGUGUGUCACCUGCUUCUCAAACACCAACAUCAGUGGCCAGUUCUUCAGUGAUAUCUGUCCAGGGAGACAGCAGUAGUCCUGAAGUGAACACAGUGAAGUACUCAAAUCAAGAUGGGCUCUAUGCUGGUGUCACACUGACUUCCACAGCAGAUGUGGCAUCUUCUGUAAGACAGGAUUCUUGGUGUGCCAUAGCACUUGCUUGACUCCUCAGAUGAAAACAAAGUUCUUGUAAUGCUGCAGCUCAGUAGACAUUAUUCCAUUUCAUAAAAACAACUCAGAAGCGUCAGUGCUGGAUAGUAGAUGAACAUUCCUUGGAGUUGUUUCUGAGAGAUGAUGAGUGAAAAGGCGCUGUCCCAUGACCACCCUGCCUUAUUGGUUGUUUUUUUUCUGACUGGAAAUAACCAAAGGAAAUAUUUCUUCCUUCUGGAUGCAGAUACAGCUACUAGAGCUGGCAUAAUUACAUGCUGUGAUGGUGGGGUUUGUUCAACGUUCCCAACAAUGCUGCCUUUAAAAAUGAUCUGUUUCACUUAUUGGAGUCAACAGUUGGUGCCUCUACUUUUGAAUUCAGUGAACAGAAGACUCUGUGGAAAAUAAUUGUCUUAUAGUUGUUAAUUAUUUGUCUGUGUCCCAAAGGGUCACAAUUGAUACUAGUCAACCUUGUUUUAUGGAGUUGACAAUCCUUCCCAGUUUUUUUCUUUUUUUUGAAGUUCAAGAGUAUGACAUGUUUAAACACAAAAAUUACCUAUUAUUUUGCCAUUAAGGUACAUGUUUUUCAGAUUCUUUCUUUCAGAAUUUUUGCAGUUACACAGAUUAACUGACAUGUGUGUUCUUCUAUGGCAUUUUUAAAUGUUUUUGUUUUGAAAGUUCAGUUUUGGUUUCUCAAGGUCCUAACUACAUUUUGACUGAAUUUAAUCAGUCUGUGUUUUUGAAACAGGGUAGCAAACAAUUUCUUCUUCCAUAUUUUCAAUAUUUUAUUAAAAGUGCAAUUUGCAUUGCAGCAAUCAGUGUUAAAUCAUUUCCGUAAGAUUUAACAUUCUUUUAUAAUGAAUGUAUACAUUUUAACUUAAUGGUACUUAUAUGUAAUUUAAAUAAAGAAGGUUAACAAGCCCUCUGUAGAAUGGUUGAUAAAACUUUACACUUUUUCCCAUUUCUUUUUCCAAUUGCUUUAAAAGUUGUUAAAAGAACAAAAAAAUUCUCUCAGGAAAAAUUUUUAUGAUUUCAUUUAUUUUGUAGUUUUGUACAAAAACAUAAAAACACCUGGUUGUUGUUCACUAAACAUAAGCAAUAAAGAUUAGAAAAUACUUUGUACUACCUAUUAUGAUAAUUUGUAAAUACUCCAGAAGCUACAGAGGUGUCUUCAAAGUUUUUCAAUAAAGCUUGUAUAGCACAGCUAGCCAUCAAAAAGUUUGGCUUGCAGAUUUUCAGAAUAUACCUAAUAAUAGGAUGUCCUUUGCAAAGGUGUUAACAUUUCAUGAAAACAUUACAAAUAAAAGUUUUUUUUUUUUUUUUGUUUUCUGUA